UUUCCUUUUUGCCCGUAGCCUGCGACUGUUUUUGCUCUCUGUCCACCCCUACUGCGGGGGGGGGGGGGGGUUCCGAGGCUGUCGUCUUACCCGACUUCAGCUCGGGUGCAGUAAAGGACCACACCCGGCGUCCUUAGGAGAAGAGGCCUGUAACCAGGGUCCUAGGGCCGAUAAAGCGCUGGGAGUGACUUCCAGUCUUCGGGAUCCCUGCUGGGCUGUGAGACCCGGACUGGGGCCGCAGGAGUCCCCUGCUGGGCUGUGAGACCCGGACUGGGGCCGCAGGAGUCCCCCUGGUCGGGAUCCCUGCUGGGCUGUGAGACCCGGACUGGGGCCGCAGGAGUCCCCCUGGUCGGGAUCCCUGCUGGGCUGUGAGACCCGGACUGGGGCCGCAGGAGUCCCCCUGGUCGUGAUCCCUGCUGGGCUGUGAGACCGGGACUGGGGCCGCAGGAUUCCCCCUGGUCGGGAUCCCUGCUGGGCUGUGAGACCCGGACUGGGGCCGCAGGAGUCCCCUGCUGGGCUGUGAGACCCGGACUGGGGCCGCAGGAGUCCCCUGCUGGGCUGUGAGACCCGGACUGGGGCCGCAGGAGUCCCCCUGGUCGGGAUCCCUGCUGGGCUGUGAGACCCGGACUGGGGCCGCAGGAGUCCCCCUGGUCGGGAUCCCUGCUGGGCUGUGAGACCCGGACUGGGGCCGCAGGAGUCCCCCUGGUCGGGAUCCCUGCUGGGCUGUGAGACCCGGACUGGGGCCGCAGGAGUCCCCCUGGUCGGGAUCCCUGCUGGGCUGUGAGACCCGGACUGGGGCCACAGGAGUCCCCCUGGUCGUGAUCCCUGCUGGGCUGUGAGACCCGGACUGGGGCCGCAGGAGUCCCCCUGGUCGAGAUCCCUGCUGGGCUGUGAGACCCGGACUGGGGCCGCAGGAGUCCCCCUGGUCGUGAUCCCUGCUGGGCUGUGAGACCCGGACUGGGGCCGCAGGAGUCCCCUGCUGGGCUGUGAGAUCCGGACUGGGGCCGCAGGAGUCCCCCUGGUCGGGAUCCCUGCUGGGCUGAGACCCGGACUGGGGCCGCAGGAGUCCCCCUGGUCGUGAUCCCUGCUGGGCUGUGAGACCCGGACUGGGGCCGCAGGAGUCCCCCUGGUCGGGAUCCCUGCUGGGCUGUGAGACCCGGAUUGGGGCCGCAGGAGUUCCCCUGGACUGAUCCCUUUCGCUUGCUCCCUUGGACCGAAGCCUCUGGCCACUGGUGUCCCUCCCCGGGAGGCGUGGGAGCCUUUGCCAUGAGCCACGGACGUCUGAUCUAUUUCACCCGGGCUGCAGAGGAGAGGGGCGACGAAUGGCAAUCCCCCUGCCCCAGGGAUGAAGGGGGCUUGGACGGCGAGCAGGCGAAGAGUUUCUACGAGGGUCUGCUGGCAUCGAACGGCGAGGCCGCCACCAGACCCGGCCCCAACCCGGUCCGUAAGCACUGGGACGUGCAGAGGAGAGCCAGAGGAUUUUCAGAGCACGUUGAGCGCAGCGGUGCCCAGGUGGAGAGGAGCGGACACCUGUUGCUGAAGUCGGCCCAGCACGGCGACCUGCGGACACUCCGGAGGCUGCUGGAGAAGGGAGCCUGUGAUAUAAACUUCCGGGAUGCUUUCUACUGGACCGCCACCAUGUGCGCUGCUCACAGUGGCCAUUCGGAGGCAGUGAGCUACCUGCUGGACAAAGGGGCCGCCUGGAUCGGGGUUUGCGAUGCCGCUGGUCGCGAUGCCCUGGACCUGGCCCGGCAGGCAGGCCAUGCCGCAGUUGCUGCUCUCCUGGAGGGGUACCGGGGAUAUCGCGACCGGCCCGGGGGACGAGAGGACUGGCGAGCGAGGCAGCCACAGAAGAAGUUUUGCCAGGCCUGCAGACUGGAAUACCAGGAGGACACACUUGAACAGCACGAGAGGUCGACAUUGCACUUGCUCAGCACGAGUGAUAAGCUGCCACCAACCCAUUACUUUAUUCCCGAAAGCAACAUCGGGUUCCAGAUGAUGCUGAAAGGCGGCUGGAACCAGGAGACAGGGCUUGGGCCGGACGGGAAAGGCCGGAAGUUUCCCGUGAGAACGGUGCUGAAGAGGGACCAGAAGGGGCUGGGUUUCCAGACUGACCUGAGGCCGAAAGUCACCCACUUCAACGCCCGCGAUCCUCAGGCUGUGCAGCAGCCAAGGAGCACCAUCGGCCGUGCACCGAGGGCCGCCACGGUCAGCAGGAGGGAGGAGCGCAGGCGAGAGGCGAGGCAGAAAGCGUGGGAGAGGGAUCUGAGGACUUACAUGAACUUUUAGGGUCUCCUGUUGAUUUUGGAAUAUUUGAUUAAAAGCCAGUGUUAAGAACA